AUGUUCGCUAAGGUGUUGUGCUUUGCUGCUUUUGUCGCACUUGCGACUGCUCAAUAUGGCCACGGGUAUGGCCAUGGGUACUCAUCGCAGCACAUCUCUCGUCACGACGGACAUCCUGAAAUCGUACAAGUACAUGGUGGACAUGGUCAUGGUCAUGGCUAUGGCCACGUAGACUACCACACCCAUCCCAAAUAUGACUUUGAAUACAAAGUAGUGGACCACCACACCGGCGACAUCAAGUCCCAGCACGAGAGCCGCGACGGCGACGUAGUGAAGGGAUACUACGCUCUGCACCAGCCUGAUGGCUCUGAAAGGGCUGUACACUAUCACGGUGACCAUCACACCGGGUAUUGUGCUUUGCUGCUUUUGUCGCACUUGCGGCUGCUCAAUAUGGACACGGGUAUGGCCAUGGGUAUGGCCAUGGGUACUCAUCGCAGCACAUCUCUCGUCACGACGGACAUCCUGAAAUCGUGCAAGUACAUGGCGGACAUGGUUAUGACUUAUCCUAAAUAUGACUUUGGAUACAAAGUAGAAGAUCACCACACCGGUGACAUCAAGUCCCAGCACGAAAGCCGCGACGGCGACGUAGUAAAGGGAUACUACGCUCUGCACCAGCCUGAUGGCUCUGAAAGGGCUGUUCACUAUCACGGCGACCAUCACACUGGGUUUUGUGCUUUGCUGCUUUUGUCGCACUUGCGGCUGCCCAAUAUGGACAUGGAUAUGGACAUGGAUAUGGCCAUGGGUACUCAUCGCAACACAUCUCUCGUCACGACGGUCAUCCUGCAAUCUUCCAAGUACAUGGCGGACAUGGCCAUGACUCAUCCUAAAUAUGACUUUGAAUAUAAAGUAGUGGACCACCACACCGGCGACAUCAAGUCUCAGCACGAAAGCCGCGACGGCGACGUAGUUAAGGGAUACUACGCUCUGCACCAGCCUGAUGGCUCUGAAAGGGCAGUGCAUUAUCAUGGUGACCAUCACACUGGCUUCCACGCUGAUGUGAAAUUCGCCACUCAUCACCUGGCUCCGAAACAUCAUUAU